AGACAAUAUGUAUUGGCAUUAAGGCAUAGACCACUACAUCUUCAUAUCCUACAUCUUCAGACUUUUCGAGAGGACGCUCGUGACCGACCGAAGUCCUACAUAUGCUGCAGCAUCCUAACAUCACGAUGAAUGCAUCCCUAGCGUCGAAUAAUUCUCUGUCGACGUCCCUGAGAACGGCGGACUUAACAGAGCCACCUACCGGGAGGGAUGAACAUCUGGCGCUGUUCGAGGUUGCCACACUUGCCGUCAUUUUCGUAGUCACCGUAGUGGGUAACACCACUGUAUUGCUGGCUUUGUGGGCUAGGAGGAGAUAUGCCGGAAGAAAAAAACUAUCCCGCAUGUACUUCUUCAUCCUGCACCUUAGCAUCGCUGACCUCAUCACAGCCAUCUUCAGCGUCCUGCCUCAACUGGCCUGGGAGGUAACCUACAGGUUCUACGGCGAAAACAUCCUCUGCAAGUUCAUCAAAUUCAGUCAGACCUUGGGACCUUACUUGAGUUCGUACAUUCUGAUGGCUACUGCGGUGGACAGACACCAGGCCAUAUGUCAUCCAUUAACGUAUUGCUCGUGGACCAGCAGAAGGUCAAAGGUUAUGGUGUAUGGAGCUUGGAUAACGAGCUUGAUUUUCUGCUUGCCGCAGGUAUUCAUAUUUUCGUACCAAGAACUAUCAGAAGGAGAGUAUGACUGUUGGGCAACAUUUAGCUACAGUUGGGGAGAAAGAGCUUAUGUUACAUGGUACAGCAUCUCGAUAUUCAUCGUACCCCUCAUCAUCCUCAUUUUCACCUACACAGCAAUCUGCAGGACCAUCUGGCUCAGUUCUGAAUCCAACUUGAGGCCCAGAAAUUCACAGACCUACCAAAACAACGGGAAGAAUAGGAGAUUGCCUCUCAUUUCAAGGGCCAAAAUCAACACCAUAAAGCAAACCAUAGCGGUUAUAGUAAUGUACAUAGUUUGCAGUUCACCCUUCAUAGUAGCCCUGCUUUGGGCUUCUUGGGAUCCUGAUAACCCCUUCAAAGAAGGGGUGUCAUUCGUCAUCCUGACCCUGCUAUACAGUCUGAAUAGCUGUUUCAACCCCUGGAUCUACUUGGCUUUCAACAGAGAACUUCCCAGAUUACUUCUAAAACACUGUCUGACGUCCAGGACGAAUUAUAGCGCCGCCAAUGGGGGAGGUCGUACCGGAAGCAAUUCCUCUGGUAUCCAGACAACCACACUCCGGUCCUUCUCCAGGUGGUCAAUAUGCAACAGCUCCAAGUCGUCCAAGAUGCCACUCACCAACGGCAAGAACCUACCCCGCCCCUACCUAGCCAAGUACAAGGCACAGAGAUGGGUGGUCACAACGCCCAACACUAUGAGCACGGCCACCUGAAAAUCGAGUGACGAUGGCCUACUAGACUUCGGAUCAGGCUGUCGAUGCAUGGACGACAUCUCCAAUUCUUCCCUGGUUGAGCUUAGCGAGCUAACUUCAGAGUUGACGGAUUUUCUUGAGAUAGAUUUAACAGAGUCUGUGAUUUAGGUUUAGACGAAAUGUAUUGCGUGGUCAUAGAAAAACGAUGGAAGGCUGAGUUCCAAAAUUGCUCCUUCAAAUCUCUUGCUAUAUACAGGGUGUUCUGAUUU